AUGAAGAUGGCGACAGGAUCUCAAUCCGCGGUACCAGCAACUCCGAUGAAGUCCGGCGGAACGCGCGGCGACGACUCGACGGCGGUCUUGAUCACACCGCAGCCCGACCCGAUUGCUGAGAGCAACGAUGAAGAGAUGGAUGAAGAAUACGACGACUACCUGGAGGAGAAGGCGCCUGCGCCAGCGGUGGUGACACCCGAGACUCCGGAAGAUGCAGUGAUGUCCGCCGUGCGCAGCGGAGGCUCGCGCUCUCUGACGCGAAGUCUUGCGAGCGAGGUGGAAGACGAUGCGCCUCCCGUCACGCGCAACCUCGCGGACGAACCGGAUGAUAUGAACAGCCCCAAACGUGCCGACUAUGGCCCGGGUGCAUUUGAAGACAGCGGCAAGGAGGAAUUACGUGUACGUGCCCCGAAGACCCCACGUGACGGUGGCACCGAUGACUCAGCGGAUCCGGAGACGACGAGUGACGUUUCCGAUGGCUUGCCAGUGGGCAAUGAUCCGGAACCAGGCCCCUUGGGACCGGGCAGAAGCAGUCAAGUCGCUCCCGACGACUCGCCAGUGUGA